CCCGCUGAUACUGCACAGGAAAAAGCAACUGGCUUGGACUAGAGGCCUGGCUUCCCUUUGAAGGAGCUAUUCUGUGAUCUGUGCUGCUAUCACUGUCUAUACUCCUUGCUUCUUGCUUCCAUGGGAAGCAUGAGUCUAGUGGAACCUGGGACAAGAAGAAAACGUAUCUCCACUACGAAACCCAGACACUAAAAAGAUGUCCCAAAGUCUGAAGAGCCAGAACACAAACAUGAGUGACAGUGACUGCAGGGAUCCUGCGGGAGACUCACAAAACGUUUUGGAAAAUGAUCCAUCAGUAAACUCUCAAGCACCGGACACCAAAGUCACACCGAGUAAUACUGCAGAAGUCACACUGAGUAAUACUGCAGAAGCCCGGACCCCACAUCCCACAUCUGAUCUUAGAGAAGACUGUCAUGAAAUAGGGGCCAGAGGUCAGGAGCAUGUAGACACGGGUGACAGGUCAGGAAGUCCAGAGGAACAAGCUUUAGAGAAACCUCCACUGGGUAAAGCAGAGCUAGAGAGCAGCCCGAGUCCUCAGGACACAGAGCACGGGCAUCACCCCCACUCGGAACAUGCGGGCAGAGACGCCCUAGAUCUGGAUCCUGACUGCUCUCAAAUCGACUUGGGAGGAAGAACAGAUGCAUGCCUGCAAAGCAGCUCUGCAGCCCCCCCAGAGGGGGCAGGUGACAGGGGUGAAGCUGAUGCACACCUGGAGAGCAGCUCUGCAGCACCCCCGGAGGGGGCAGGUGACAGAGGUGAAGCUGCUCAGGAACUGCUUGCUGUAGACUCUACCCAUGGCCAGAGUCUGGGCCAUUCCAACACAGGCCCAGGGAGCCAGGAUUCACUGAGGAGACGACUGCCUGCGCCAGAGGCUGGAAGGCAUGAAGAAGAGACAGAGUUGGCAGAGGAAAAGCAAGAGGUUACACAGGACACGACGCUGAGAAAGACUGAUAAAAAGAGUCUCUGGACUUACGGUUCCAUGUUUCUCGGCUGCCUGAUUGUGGCUGUUGUGCUCAGCUCUGUCAACAGCUACUAUUCUUCCCCAGCUUGGCAGGUGCCCCAGAACCCAGCUUUGGAGGCCUUCCUGGUUCAGUUUAGCCAACUGAAGGAGAAAUUUCCAGGUCAGAGUUCCUUCCUUUGGCAGCGAGGACGUAAGUUUCUCCAGAAGCACCUCAAUGUCUCGAACCCCAGUGAGCCAGCCACCAUCAUCUUCACGGCUGCUCGAGAGGGGAAGGAGACCCUCAAGUGCCUGAGCUACCACGUUGCCAAUGCCUACACCUCUUCCCAGAAGGUCACUGCCGUCUCCAUAGAUGGAGCCGAAAGGGCCCUGCAGGACAGUGACACGGUCAAGCUGCUGGUCGACUUGGAGCUUAGCAAUGGGUUUGAGAAUGGCCACAAGGCUGCUGUGGUCCACCACUUCGAAUCCCUUCCUGCGGGCUCCACCCUGAUCUUCUACAAGUACUGUGACCAUGAGAACGCCGCCUUUAAAGAUGUGGCCCUUGUCCUGACCGUCCUGCUGGAGGAGGAAACGUUAGAAGCAGGUGUAAGCCCCAGGGAGACAGAAGAAAAGGUGAGGGAUUUGCUCUGGGCUAAGUUCACCAACUCCGAAAGCCCCACCUCCUACAGCCACAUGGACUCAGACAAACUGAGCGGGCUCUGGAGCCGCAUCUCCCACCUGGUGCUGCCCGUCCAGCCCGUCAGGAACAUAGAAGAGCGAGGCUGCCUUUUGUGAAGCCAGCCACAGAGGUGACAUGGAAGGGCCACGUCUCAGGGUUUUGUCCUGCUAGGAGGUGACUGGCAUGUGAAAGGAAAGAGCUGGGAGGCACAUGAUUGUGUUAGAAAAGAAGCAUUUUUUCUUUUACUUUUUAAAAAUCUUUCUAGUCUGAACUUUGAUAAAACUUAACAAUUGGACUGAUGUUUUUCUUUGUCUGUUAAAGCCAAUCAGGGUUCAGAUACAACAUGAUGUAUUGUUUGUGUCCAGCACAUCGGAAUCGUUGCACAGGAAGAUCUGAUUCUCCAGGGAACUGCAGCCCCGCUGCUGCCUGCAAGGACCCUCACCAGCCUCUAGGGCAAUGUUUGGACCUGGACUAGGUGUCAUUUGAAUUAUUUUAGAGAACUCUUCUACUAUAUAUUAAGUGCUUUUUAAUAUUCACUUUUUUUUUUCAAGACAGGGUUUCUCUGUGUAGCCCUGGCUGUCCUGGAACUCACUCUGUAGACCA